AUGCCGUAUUCUAUAUACAAGAAGCUGGAAAAUGCUAAGCUUGUCGAAACUAAUAUGGAAAUACAGCUAGCAGACGGGUCUUGCAUCUACCCCGAAGGAGUUCUGGAUGAUAAACUUGUCAAAGUAAACAAGUUUAUGUACCCCGCCGACUUCUUCGUCAUAAAGACGACAGAGCCGGGAGCGGAAGAGUCUGUUGGCAUCCUUUUGGGAAGGCCAUUCUUAUCCACAGCCAGCACAGUCAUCGACGUCCUCCAGGGGACGAUGAAGCUGAGUUUUAAUGGAGAACAACUUACUUUCGAAGUUGAUAAAGCUGUGAGGAAGCCACAGGACAACGAGAGCAUUCAAACAGUAGAUGCUAUCAGCCCUCGGAAACAAAAGUAUCCGGAAAAGAAAUCCUUCAAAGAACCACCCUCUAGUUCCACUGAAGGUGAACAGCUCAAGAGAGAGGUAGCAGAAUGGUUUGAUACGACGAUGACUGGAGAAAUGAACGAUCAAGCCAUUAGAUGGGCAAUUAUGAAAUUUUGCCAACCGUCACAACCAACCGAGUCAAAAGAGGUUACCCAACUAAGAAGGGUCGAGAAACUACCUGACCAAGCCGCUCCAUUGAAAGGAAUGCUGAAGGAAAAUCCCUCGCCUACAAGGAAACUAAUCUCCGCACCAACAUCGCCGAUGACUCUCAAGAACCUUACCAACCAGGCCAAUAACAAACCAGUCAACCUAAAUCUGCAGGAACAGGAAGGGAAAUCGAAGAAAAAACUGAGGCCAGAUCAAGGGGUAGUCAAGUGGAAAACGCAUGCCUUGAUAGAAACCCACCCGGAGUUGUAUAUGCAUCCCAUGGUAAAAAAGGGAGAGACGCCCCACUUUAAUCGACAAUACAGAAUUAGCCCCGCCCUGAGAUUGGAAGAGUUCAUGGUGGGGGAGGAAGAGUUACUCUUCCAGUGUUAA